CAUAUUGAAGUACACAUUAUAUAGUCAUUAUUCACCCAGCGUAUAAUUAUCGCGUAUGCUUAGUAUACUAGACCUCCGGUGAGACCUACUUUAACGUGUAUGUACUUUUUCUUAGCACUGUGAAGAUGAACGGCAAAUCGUCAAUGAGAAAACCGAACUAUUCCCGAUGUCACACGCUCCUAGGAACGGUGAUUGUAUGUGCAUUCGUGUAUGCGUAUUUCCAACGAGAGAUGAAUUCACAGCUAAACCAAUUUCUGAGUAAACACAAUCGACAAACACAGCUAGGAAUCAGGCUAAAAGACCUCAAAGUGGUGCACGUGAAGCGUCCUUAUAACCCUGAAACGCAAGAUUUGACCACAGCAAAUCAAGGUCAGAAUAGUGUCGACUCGGGUGACGGUGAAGCAGAGAUUGAUGGCACAGUUACCAAACAGCAUCUCAGUGAUGCAGAUGUCGCGGUAGAGCACGCGGGUGGUCAGGGUAAUACAGUAAGUGGUGAUGAGGUUGAGAGCUCAGGUGGCGGUACGUCGGAGGACUCUGAUACAGGGCUGCGCAAAAGGGACAAACCAACUUUGGCCAAAGCAAAGUUCACCACACAAGCCGACGCACCUGUUAGUGCGGAUUGGUACUCUUACCACUACACCCCACAAGAGGAAGACAAGUUCCUGUGGUUUAACUCUGUGUCGAAUGGUGGUCUCAAUGACCGUGUAGCUAACAUGAAAAGCUUUGUGGCUAUGGCUGUGAAGCUUGGUCGGAUACCGGUUUUGGGAAAUCCGCCGCUGCAUGCUGAGCGGCAUAACAUGGGCAAUGUGUUACCGUUUGAUACAUGGAACACCUACAUGAACAUGUCAAAGGCAACCUACACGUGGGCAGAUGAGAAUGCCGAGGAUGUGCCCAUCCGCUUCAUCUCUGAGCGCGAGUUGUUUAGAGAUGGCAAAAAGAUCAAAUCCAAAAUAGUUGUGCCUGGCACCACAGUCGAACUUACAGACAAACAGGCCUCGGCACAGGUUUUGGAACUCGAUACCAAAAAGGAAGAAUAUACACAGUAUGUUCGUCUGCCGCUGUACCGUAGUCUAAUGAGGGGCACAAAGCUGCGGAUCAACAUGCCGCCAUCUGACCAAGUGAUUGCCUUGGGUAGGGCCAUCGUCAGGCGUGGUCGAGGCCCAUCAGCCAGUGCGCCGUUUGUCACUGUGCAUGUGCGAAGGGGCGAUAGACUGGCCGAUCCACGCUACAACACUGACGAGUGCCAACUAGACCGAGACACACAGCCUGAAUCCAUCGUCCGCCGCUUGUCAGACCUCGGUAUCCCCGCGCCGGCGUCACUGUACAUUCUCACCAACGAAGAGGAUUUGCACUUCUUCGAUCCAAUGGAAAAGGCUGGGUACACCAUUAUCCGCGAGUUCGACGUCCCGGAACUCGUAGCAGUCGGCCAAGGCACCAUGCGCAACAAUUUCCUCAUCUACGCUGCAGAAAAAUACGCCCAAUCCCUCGCAGACAAAGACGUGCACACAUUCACCUAUCAGGGCAAGAACAAACCAGCGGCGCCGGUUGUAGGAGCCAUUUCCAGUUGUUUGGGUUGGACGUGAACUGGUACAUAUAAGUCCUUGAACGACAUCGUCGCCAUAGCUAACCCCUAAACCCAAAACCCUAAACACCACGUGUGCUCCAAACUUGGAGGCCCCAAUAUACGACGUGUUUCGUACGAACUGCCUAUGACGUCUGGUCAGAGGACAUGUUUUACUUCGGCGUGUCUGUGAGUGUACUACAUAGGAUCUACACCGACUAUGUGAUGCUGAACUGGCUCAGUUUUGUGUACCUAUGGACCAUGAAAGCUUCACACUCGACCCUGCUGUGGUAGGGCAUUUGCUACAUAGCAACAACACAUACAGUCCCAAAUAAAGUUUUAAGUACAAUCGCCCGACCGCUUCCAACGGAGCUGAUUGGCACUGUGGCAAAGCAUUUUCUACUAGCGUUAGUACGGCCAAAGGGGAUUCCUUAAGUAACAAACCGACUCCA